CCCCCUCCUCGCCGUCACUAUCGUCCCAUCUCUCUCUCCCUCUCUCUCUCUGUGUCCAUUUCUUCUCCAUCAGCGAGCUUCGGAUCCGUCGCUCGACCCGAACCGGUAUGGACAUCAAGGAGCCAACCCGGUUCCGGGGAGCCAGGUCCUCGCCCUCCACGGACCGCUUCCUCGGGGAGUUCCUCCACGCGCCGUCGCAAAACCCUAGCCCAGCCUCCAGCAGCGCCGGGGACGAGCUCAGCGAGGACGACAUCUUUGCCGCCGGGGACUUCUCCCUCGACGCCAACAAUCCCCAGAGCCAGCCCUCCACGCCCUCCUCCUCGUCCUCCUCCACCCCUCGCCGCCUCCACGGCCGCCAGAACCAGCGUUCCGCCUUCGGCCCGCCCGAUAGCUUCGGCAUCCUCGCUGCCCUGCCGGAGAACGAGACUCGCUCCGUCUUCAACCACAAGGCCUCCCUCCCUUCCUCCUCUUCCUCCGCCUCCUCUUCCUCCUCCCGUCCGAUCCCCACCAUCCCGAAGCCGCCGGGGACCACUCUCUUCUCAGCCGCGAAGUACCACCAGUCGGCCCCAGUUAACGUGCCGGUGAUGCCCAGAUCAGCCAUCGCUCAGAGACGGCAUAUUGAAUUCGACCAGGCGGAGGAUGAUGUCGACGGAGCCGAGGACGAAGACGGGCAGAUGCUGCCGCCACACGAGAUUGUCGCGAGGAGCCUAGCGAAAUCGCAGAUCCUCUCUUGCUCGGUCCUGGAAGGAGCCGGAAGGACCCUUAAAGGGAGAGAUCUGAGGCAGGUUCGGAACGCUGUGUUCCGGCAAACAGGUUUUCUUGACUGAAAAGGAACUCACUCUUUCUUUUCCCUCUUAAUUCUUUAGCCGAAAGAUUAUGAACCUAUGCGGAAUUUUGGUCAUGGUUAGAUUAGCGGAUUACUCCGUGAUUUCGGGUUCGCAGAGGAAGUUGGUGAAGUAUGAGAAAUGGGAGAAGUGGGAAUGUUUGUUAGAAUUUGCAUAGUGAUCGAUACAUGUAGACGCAAAGUCGUUGCGAUAUUCGAAUUGGAAGUAUACAAACAUUUCCCUAUUCAUUGCACAAACCAAAUAGCUACUGAAUUGAUGUGUGCUUUGCAAUCUUAAUCAUCAUGAGAUUGAAAUAAUAUUCUUAA